ACCCAAAAGUGCAACGCCAGCCACAAACAAACAUGUAGCAAAAUCAAUUAAAAAAUCCCAUUACUUUUCCCCCAAAAGAAGAAGAAUCAAUGAUUGAUUCAGAUAGUGUAGAGCGAGCGACACCCAGCAUGUGCACCAGCUCGAACUCGGGCUCGGGCUCCGCCUCCAACGGAUGGACCAAAGCCCGCGGAGUAGUGCUCAAGACUCUGGUCUUAAUGGGCGGAGCGCUGUUGCUGAAGCGCCUCACUAAGUCCACCACCCGUUGGGACCAUGCGCGCAUCGUCGCCGACUCACUCGCCGGCGAGAAGUUUUCGAGGGAGCAGGCUUCGAGGGACCCAGACAACUAUUUUAAUUUGAGAUGGCUCUCAUGUCCAGCAGCAGAAAUGGUGGAUGGUUCAAGAGUUUUGUACUUUGAACAGGCAUUCUGGAGAACUCCUCACAAACCUUUUCGGCAGAGAUUUUUCAUGGUAAAGCCUUGCUCAAAGGAGAUGAAAUGUGAUGUUGAGAUGAGUACGUAUGCUAUCCGGGACUCAGAGGAGUACAAGAAUUUCUGUGAUCGGUCAAGGGACCAAAGGCCACAGCCUGAAGAAGUAAUUGGUGAUAUUGCAGAGCAUUUGACUACCAUAUAUCUCAAGCGUUGCGAUAGAGGGAAGCGUUGUUUAUAUGAAGGCUCAACUCCUGCAGAUGGGUUUCCUAAUACAUGGAAUGGAGCAUCAUAUUGUACCUCUGAACUUACAGUGUUGAAAAACAGUGAAAUACACACGUCCGAUAGAGGCUAUGAUUAUGAGGGAAAUCAAGUGUGGGGCGUAAAGGGUGGUGCACACGAGUUUAAACCUGCUCCAGCAUCAAGUUUUAGUGACACAUUCUCCUCUUUAACUAUCCCUCCCCAAUUCACAGAGAAACGGAUCGAGGGCUCAUUUGUCCUCCAAAAUUGACACCUUUUGUCAUAGAACCACAUAAUGUAAAUUAACUUAGCUUUGGAGGUAUACAUAUUCUUUUCUCCCACCUUUGAUUUGUUUUCAAUAUUUGUACAGAAAUGUUCGACUCCAUUUAGCUUAUAGAAGAAGAUCCAUCUAAAAUUUAAUGAUUAA